CGUUCACCUCUCUAGAUCUGGUGUGAAUCCUGCUUCCUCGUCAACAUGGCCUCCCCCACCGCGGCCAAAGAGCCCCAGCCCGCCAUGGAUUUCCUCCAUCACCCUUACACCCGCGCUGCUCUUCCCUUCGUGAACGGUGGCCUUGCCGGCAUGACCGCCACGGUCGUGAUCCAGCCCAUCGACAUGAUCAAAGUCCGUCUGCAGCUCGCUGGUGAAGGUGUGCGCACCGGUCCUCGCCCGUCUGCCUUUGGCGUGGCCCGCGACAUCAUUGCCUCAGGCAAGGCCCUUGAUCUGUACACCGGCCUGUCGGCUGGACUGCUACGCCAGGCCGUCUACACCACCGCCCGCCUGGGAUUCUUCGACACCUUCAGCAAGACUCUCAACAAGCGUGCCGAAGCCGCCAACCGCAGCGUCACCUUCGCCGAACGUGCUGGAGCCGGUCUCGCUGCCGGAGGUAUUGCCGCCAUGAUUGGCAACCCGGCCGAUCUGGCGCUGGUGCGGAUGCAGUCCGACGGUCUCAAGCCUCCCGAGGCGCGGGCCAACUACCGCUCCGUCAUGGACGCGCUCUUCCGCAUCUCCAAGCACGAAGGUGUCCCGGCUCUGUGGGCGGGUGCUUUCCCCACCGUUAUCCGUGCCAUGGCACUCAACGUCGGCCAGUUGACCUUCUUUGCCGAGUCCAAGGCCCAGCUGAAGAAGCAUACUAGCCUGUCGACUCAGAACCAGACCUUUGCCGCGUCCGCUAUUGCCGGAUUCUUCGCCAGUUUCCUCUCCCUGCCUUUCGACUUUGUCAAGACUCGUCUGCAGAAGCAGCAGAAGGAUCCCAAGACCGGUCAGCUCCCUUACAAGGGCGUCUUGGAUUGCGCGCGCAAGGUCGUCCAGGAGGAGGGCUGGUUGCGGUUCUACCGCGGUUUCGGAACGUACUAUGUGCGGAUCGCUCCUCAUGCGUUAGUGUCUCCACCUUUUGCUGUUACUAGUCACUUAGUAGUGCCGUUGGCUAACCCCAGACCCACAGGAUGGUGACGCUUAUCGUGGCCGAUUAUCUGAACUUGAUUACCAAGUAGGGUGCCAGUGAUUCAGUACGAUGUUUCGCUUGUCGACAACUUGACUUCAGUGCCGCGGUUUCUGU